AUGUGUGGGGAGUGUGGGUACAGGGCGGCUUACAAGUCUGACUUAUCCCGACACAUGAGAACUCAUACAGGAGAAAAACCCUACAAGUGUGACCAGUGUGACUAUUCUGCAGCACGGAAAUCCAGUUUGGACUAUCAUCUAGCAAAACACACUGGUGACAAACCCUACAUGUGUGGGGAGUGUGGAUACAGGACAGUUCACAUGUAUGACUUAUCUAAACAUAUGAGAGCCCAUACAGGAGAAAAACCCUACAAGUGUGACCAGUGUGACUAUUCUGCAGCACAGAAAUCCAGUUUGGACUAUCAUCUAGUAAAACACACCGGUGAAAAACCCUACAUGUGUGGGGAGUGUGGGUACAGGGCAGCUAAAAAGUCUGACUUAUCCAUACAUAUGAGAGUUCAUACAGGAGAAAAGCCAUACAAGUGUGACCAGUGUGGCUAUUCUGCAGCACACAAGGCAACUCAGAAGUCACACUUAUCCGAACACAUGAGAACCCAUACUGGAGAAAAACCCUACAAGUGUGACCAGUGUGACUAUUCUGCAGCACGGAAAUCCAGUUUGGACUAUCAUCUAGCAACACACACCGGUGACAAACCCUACAUGUGUGGGGAGUGUGGAUACAGGACAGUUCACAUGUAUGACUUAUCUAAACAUAUGAGAGCCCAUACAGGAGAAAAACCCUACAAGUGUGACCAGUGUGACUAUUCUGGUUUCUCACCGGUGUGUUUUGUUAGAUGA